GCCGCCGUCGUUUGCCCACCAGUGUUCCCGUCGUAUCGAACCGCUUAUACCGCGGCGUAGCACAGAUACACCGCAUACACCUAACACACACGCGGGCGCGAUAAUAAACGUUCUUUUAUAAUAUUAGUAUGUAUAUUAUGAUAAUAUUAAGUUAACGAUACGAAAGUCGUAUAAUCAUUUAAUAUUUUAUUACAAUAUACAUAUUAAUUAUUGUAUUCUUGCACGAGCGUAUUUUUCGCUUCGUCUUUUGAAUUCUCCUCCGCUAGUUGACUCGUGUCCAUCAGAAAACUGAUUCAGACGGGGCCACACAGCGUUUUUACUGGUAUUUAUUUUUCCACACAAAAUCUGCCUUCGUACUGCGAUCACAACGACGAAUACAAUAUUAUGUGAACUUGGCGCAAGUCCGCAACAGAGGAGACCCCACAAGUCGACAGAACAACAAAACAGACCAGGAGGAACCGUCUAUUACUGAUUUCAAACAGCCGUCGUCGUUAUUACACAUCAUUAGCAACCGCAGUCUUAAUAGUCGAACGAAAGUUUUGUCAACGUAACCGUUUCGCAGACUAUUUACCCAACAUGGACACUGCUACAUUUUUCGUCGAGGGCACUGCCAAUCAGUUCGAGCACGUUCUCUCACUGUACCCGCAAGCGUUGCGCCUCAAAGCCGAGACCAAAACGAAAAAGCCUGAAGACCUCAUCAAGCUGGACAAUUGGUAUCAGAAUGAAUUACCAGGAAAAAUUAAGUCCAGGGGAAAAGAUGCACAUUUAAAUCAUGAAGAAAUUUGCCAAAUAAUGAAAUGGAAACAAACAAGAGGAAAAACGUUCCCUCAAUUGAAUUACUUAAUUAAAGUGAACACACCACGCGCUGUUAUGGCUGAGACAAAGAAAGCUUUCAAAAAAUUACCCAAUUUAGGACUUGCACUUACAGCGUUAAGUAAUUUGAAAGGUGUUGGAACCACAAUGGCCUCAGCUUUGUUAGCAGCUGCUGCACCAGACAAAGCUCCUUUUAUGGCUGAUGAAUGUCUAAAAGCAAUUCCAGCUAUUGAAGGAAUUGAUUAUACUGCUAAAGAAUAUUUGAAUUUUGUAGCUCAUAUUCAGAACACAGUGGAAAGACUUAAUGGUGAAUGUAGUGAAAAUACAUGGAAUCCACAUUCAGUAGAAUUAGCAUUGUGGACACAUUAUGUGGCAAAUGAAUUCAAACCUGAACUUUUAAAUAGUGUUCCAGAAGCACCUAAGAAGCCAAUUAGUGAACAAACUAAUACCGAUGCUCAUACUAAUGGCAAUGUUAAUCAAACAAAGUUAGAUGAACCAACAUCUGAUGAAAGUAACCCUGAGCCAUUACCACCAUCCAAUGGUCAUCAAUUAACAAUUGAAGAUGAUUCCCGUGACAAGUCUGAAGAUGAUAUCACCAAUGACUCUAUAACGACAUCAGAAUCAGCCCAAACUCCACUUGCUGAAGCUUUAACAGAGGACUCAUCUAGUCUGCCUGCCCCUGAUGAACCCCCUGUAAAAAAAUUCAAAAAUGAAGGCCAAACAGUGGCUGCAGAAGCCAAUGGCAACUAAAUUGGUUAAAUGGUUUUAAUUAUGCCAAAUGGACCAUCAUAGGUUUAUAAUAUUUUAGUGACGAGUUAAUAUUGGAGAAAAUAUUGUUUAAAACAAAAUAAAUUGAUAAAAAAAAACUCCAUAUUUAUCAGACUUAAUGAUGUAAUUAUAACUUACAGUUAUAUAAUUUUAUUUACAUAUAAAAUAUUUCACCAUUUUUAAAUGGACAACAAUUUAAUUUAUUUUAACUCAUACAUGAAAACUCGUAAAUAUAUUUUUUUUAUACUUAGAUUUUAUACAACAAAAUAAAUUAAGCCUGUAAUAUUCUAAUUUGUUUUAUUCAACUUAGUAAUUUCAUGAUUGAAAUAUUUGACUGUAAAUACAAUUAAUUAUAAUUAUAUAUGUUUAAGAUUUACGGGAUAGAGGGAUGUCUGAAUAUUCAUAAAUAAUAAUAAAAGUGCACCUUAGGAAGUAAUUUUUUCCAAGAAUUGUCAUAAUUGAUUGAAAAUUUUGAUUUAUUAUGGGGGGGUCAAGGGAAACUUGCAUUCAAAAACAUAAAAACAUUUUAAAUAUAUACAUAUAUUUAUAACGGACGUAUGUAUAUACGUAGGUAGUAUUAAUGUAUCGGAUCUGCACCAUUUUCAUUGAAAUAAAUUAACAAAGUUAAUUUAUGUACUUAAAUAAGAAAACUGCCUUUUAGCAAUUUUUUGUUUUAUUUACUUCUAUAUAUAUAAUUUUUUUUAAUGGUACAAACAAUUAUUUACA